ACGCCGGAACGGGAAUGAUUGCGACAGAAAUGCUUUGGCAACGAUUGAUAGGAUCUUUGCGAGGACGGCGAUGGUGCAGCAUUGGGUUGCUGUCGAGGUUUUGGGGGCGGUGGGGGUGGAGAGGAGGAGGGAGGUGAUUUGUAAGUUUAUCGGGGUUGCGAAGAUUUUGAAGGCGUUGAAUAACUUUCAGAGUUUGAUUUGUGUGGUGAACGGGCUUACGCAUCCCACGGUGAAGAAGCUCGGGGAGACCUGGAGGCUUAUUCCACCGGCGUAUACUACUCUUCUUGAUGAGUACUCGUGUCUUGCUGCGGAGGCUCACUCUUUGCCGGCGAGCUCUGCUUACCGCAGGAGUCUGGCGAAGGCGAAAUCGCCAACGAUUCCGUAUUUUCCCUUCUUCUCCCGUGAUGUCUCUAUUUUUCAAGACAGCGAAAUGAGUUUCCUUUGCCCACGCAAUGACAAAUCUCUUCCCCGCCACCACUCCAUCGGUUCCUCCCAAGCCCUCUCCUCCUUCGCCACCUCCAGUAUCCUCGAGAGUCAGGAGAUGGAUCCCGUUAUGGUCAAUCUACAGAAGUUCCGCAAGACGUAUGAUGUUAUAAGUCGUGCACAGGGUUACAGCAGUCGUCCAUACGCUUUUCAAUCGAACCUCGGAAUGAACAGUUACUCGUUGAGGUUGUAUGUACCGGGUCGUAAUACGAUGAGCAAAUGGAGUUCGUCAUCGGAGAAGUUGGGACCGGUGCCGAGUACUGGACCGUUGGAUCAUGUUGGAGAGGUUGUGGAGAGGACGAUUAUCAGGGCUUGGACGUUGAGUCAUUCGGAUGCGGAGAGUUCGAGUGUUGAGGAGGGACGUGGGAAGUUGUUGAAGGAGUUGCUGGGGAAGUGUAUGGAGACGUUGUGAGCUUAUAUAUGGCGUUGAAGGGUUCGGAAUAUUGUGAGGGACAUAUCAAGUUACAGGGUUACCUUCUUUCAAGUUUUCGUUUGUGGGGAUUUAGGACGGGUGCGUGCUUUGUCUCUCAUUUUCAUUGAAUACCAACUAUACCAACUGUUCGAGAC